UUUACCAAGUAUCGGACGUAUUCUGGGCCCGGAUCUGAUGAGCAAUGGGACAAGCUGCUACAGAACAUCACCGCUGGUGUCAAGCAUCGACUCAAAGCGCAUGGAGGAUCAAUUGAAGAUCCUGCCAUGAUUACCAAAGCGGAGGAACUCUUCAAACUGGAUGCUCGUUCAGAUCCCCCCGUCCUGGACGACUUGACACUCGAAGAAGUACGGCAGCUUUACCACGAUGAAACGGGAGGCCAGCCAUUAAAGAAAGGCAAGGGUCUAUGGCAGAUCUUUAUUUUAGUCGACGCAGACGUGUUGGCGAGCCCUGACCUUGGCAUGAUCAAAUGUGCAGCGGCGGCUGGUGUGCCUAAGAAUCCGAGAUUCGGCCCCCAGCGUUACUUUUGGUGGCUAACCAUGUCUUCCGAACAUGUAUUGACUUUGUGGUUUAGAUUGGAAAUGUAUUUCUUCGAGGAAAUGGACAAUAGUACAGCUGGUGGCCCAGGCGCCUGA